GGCUCGUCUGUUAUCGCCACGCCGCGCCCAGGUCGUGCGGGAGGUCCCCCGCGCGGCCUGUGGUGCGCGGAAGGCCCCGGGCGUCGCGGGCCCCGGGCCGCGGGCUCCGGGCUCCUCGGCGCCUCCGACGACCUCGGCCCCUGAGGUCGGCUCCCAGGCGCUGGCUGGCGUCGCUCUUGGCCGUGUACUGUGCAGAGUGCGACUCCCCGGCUUCGCCCCUGGCCUGCGGAGGAGGAGACUCGGCGGCAUGUCGCCCGCGCUGCCAGAGCUGACGCCUUCCGCAGGUGUGAAGAAAAGCCUGCAGGAUGAGAUUGAAGCCAUUCUGCGGGAGAGGAUCAUGGUGCUUGAUGGAGGGAUGGGGACCAUGAUCCAGCGGCAUAAGCUAAGUGAAGAAGACUUCCGAGGUCACGAAUUUCAAGAUCAUGCCAGGUCCCUAAAAGGCAACAAUGACAUUUUAAGUAUAACUCAACCCAACGUCAUUUACCAGAUCCAUAAGGAUUACUUGCUGGCUGGGGCAGAUAUCAUUGAAACAAACACUUUCAGCAGCACUAGCAUUGCCCAAGCUGACUAUGGCCUCGAACACUUGGCCUACCAGAUGAACAAAUGCUCCGCGGGGGUGGCCAGAAAGGCAGCCGAGGAGGUGUCCCUCCAGACAGGGAUUAAGAGAUUUGUGGCAGGAGCUCUGGGUCCAACUAAUAAGACACUGUCGGUGUCCCCGUCUGUGGAGAGACCAGAUUACAGAAACAUUACAUUUGAUGAGCUCGUUGAAGCAUACAGAGAGCAGGCCAAAGGGCUUCUGGAUGGUGGAGUUGAUGUCUUACUCAUUGAGACUAUUUUUGAUACUGCCAAUGCCAAGGCAGCCUUGUUCGCACUCCAGACACUUUUUGAAGAGGAGUAUCCCCCUCGACCUAUCUUUAUUUCAGGGACAAUUAUUGAUAAAAGUGGCCGAACUCUUUCUGGACAGACAGGAGAAGCAUUUGUCAUCAGCGUGUCUCAUGCAGACCCACUCUGCAUUGGAUUAAACUGUGCUCUGGGUGCAGCUGAAAUGAGACCUUUUAUUGAAACAAUUGGGAAAUGUACAACAGCCUAUGUCCUCUGUUAUCCCAAUGCAGGUCUUCCCAACACGUUUGGUGACUACGACGAAACUCCGGAUAUGAUGGCCACACAACUAAAGGACUUUGCUGCGGACGGCUUGGUCAAUAUAGUGGGUGGUUGCUGUGGUACGACCCCAGAUCAUAUCAGGGAGAUUGCUAAAGCUGUGAAGAACUGUAAGCCUAGAGUUCCACCUGCCACUGUUUUUGAAGAGCAUAUGUUACUAUCUGGUCUAGAGCCCUUCAGGAUCGGACCGUACACCAACUUUGUUAACAUUGGAGAGCGCUGUAACGUGGCAGGAUCCAGGAAGUUUGCUAAACUCAUCAUGGCAGGAAACUAUGAAGAAGCACUGACCAUUGCCAAAGUGCAGGUGGAAAUGGGAGCGCAGGUGUUGGAUAUCAACAUGGAUGAUGGCAUGCUGGAUGGUUCGAGUGCCAUGACCAGAUUUUGCAACUUCAUUGCUUCCGAGCCCGACAUCGCCAAGGUGCCCUUGUGCAUUGACUCUUCCAAUUUCGCCGUGAUUGAAGCUGGCUUGAAAUGCUGCCAGGGAAAAUGCAUUGUCAACAGCAUUAGCCUGAAGGAGGGAGAGGAUGACUUCUUGGCGAAGGCUAGGAAAAUUAAGAAGUUUGGAGCCGCUGUGGUGGUCAUGGCUUUUGACGAAGAAGGGCAGGCGACAGAAACAGACACCAAAAUCAGAGUGUGCAUGCGGGCGUACCAUCUACUCGUGAAAAAACUGGGCUUUAAUCCAAAUGACAUCAUCUUUGAUCCUAACAUCCUCACCAUUGGUACUGGGAUGGAAGAGCACAACUUGUAUGCUGUUAAUUUUAUCCACGCAACAAAAAUCAUUAAAGAAACACUGCCUGGAGCCCGAGUAAGUGGAGGUCUUUCCAACUUGUCCUUCUCCUUCCGCGGCAUGGAAGCCAUCCGAGAGGCAAUGCAUGGGGUUUUCCUUUACCACGCAAUCAAGUUUGGUAUGGACAUGGGGAUAGUGAAUGCUGGAAACCUGCCUGUGUAUGAUGAUAUCCACAAGGAGCUUCUCCAACUCUGUGAAGACCUCAUCUGGAAUAAAGACCCUGAGGCCACGGAGAAGCUCCUGCGCUAUGCUCAGACACAUGGCAAAGGAGGGAAGAAAGUCGUCCAGACUGAUGAGUGGAGGAAUGGCCCCAUCGAAGAACGCCUGGAGUAUGCCCUUGUGAAGGGUAUCGAAAAACACAUUGUUGAAGACACUGAGGAAGCCAGAUUAAACCAGGAAAAAUAUCCCCGGCCUCUGAAUAUAAUCGAAGGGCCUCUGAUGAAUGGCAUGAAAGUUGUUGGUGACCUUUUUGGUGCUGGAAAAAUGUUUCUACCUCAGGUUAUAAAGUCAGCUCGAGUCAUGAAGAAGGCUGUUGGCCACCUUAUUCCCUUCAUGGAAAAAGAAAGAGAAGAAAAUAAAAUGCAUGCUGGCACAGAAGAAGAAGAGGACCCUUAUCAGGGCACCAUCGUGUUGGCUACCGUGAAAGGUGAUGUGCAUGACAUAGGCAAGAACAUAGUCGGUGUGGUCCUUGGCUGCAAUAACUUCAGAGUUAUUGAUUUAGGAGUCAUGACUCCCUGUGACAAGAUCCUGAAAGCUGCUCUUGAUCACAAAGCAGAUAUAAUUGGCCUAUCAGGACUCAUUACUCCUUCCCUGGAUGAAAUGAUUUUUGUUGCCAAGGAAAUGGAGAGAUUGGCUAUAAAGAUUCCACUGUUGAUUGGAGGAGCAACCACAUCAAGAACGCACACAGCAGUUAAAAUAGCUCCAAGAUACAGUGCGCCUGUAAUCCACGUCCUGGAUGCGUCCAAGAGCGUAGUGGUGUGCUCGCAACUAUUAGAUGAGAAUCUGAAGGAUGAAUAUUUUGAGGAGAUCAUGGAGGAAUAUGAAGAUAUUAGACAGGACCAUUACGAGUCUCUCAAGGAAAGAAGAUACUUAACCUUAAGUCAAGCUAGAAAAAACGGUUUCCAUAUUGACUGGCUGUCAGAGCCCCCUCCAGUGAAGCCCACGUUUCUUGGGACUCGGGUCUUCGAAGACUAUGACCUGCGGAAGCUGGUGGCCUACAUUGACUGGAAACCCUUCUUUGAUGUCUGGCAGCUCCGGGGCAAGUACCCGAAUCGAAGCUUCCCCAAGAUAUUUAAGGACAAAACUGUAGGUGAAGAGGCCAAAAAAGUCUAUGAUGACGCCCAGAACAUGCUGGAAGUGCUGAUCAAUCAGAAGAAGCUCCAAGCCAGGGGCGUUGUGGGGUUCUGGCCAGCGCAGAGCGUGGAAGAUGACAUCCACCUCUAUGCAGAGGACGCCACGCCGCAGGCUGCAGAACCCAUAGCCAUCUUCCACGGGCUAAGGCAGCAGGCCGAGAAGGACUCUGCCAGCACGGACGCAUACCACUGCCUCUCGGACUUCAUCGCUCCACUGCAUUCUGGUGUCCGCGACUACCUGGGCCUGUUUGCUGUUGCCUGCUUCGGCGUGGAGGAGCUGAGCAGGGCCUAUGAGCAGGAGUGUGAUGACUACAGCAGCAUCAUGGUCAAGGCUCUGGGAGACCGACUGGCAGAGGCCUUCGCGGAGGAGCUGCAUGAGCGGGUCCGCAGGGAGCUGUGGGCCUACUGCCGCUGCGAGCAGCUGGACGUUGCCGACCUGCGGCGGCUGCGCUACGAGGGCAUCCGCCCAGCCCCCGGCUACCCCAGCCAGCCUGACCACAGUGAGAAGCUCACCAUGUGGAAGCUAGCCGACGUGGAGCAGUGCACGGGCAUUAAGUUAACGGAAUCCCUAGCGAUGGCACCUGCUUCAGCAGUAUCCGGCCUUUACUUCUCUAAUUUGAAGUCCAAAUACUUCUCAGUGGGGAAAAUUUCCAAGGACCAGAUUGAGGAUUAUGCUCUGCGGAAGAACAUGUCUGUGGCUGAGGUUGAGAAAUGGCUGGGACCCAUUUUGGGAUACGACACAGAGUAACUUUUUUUUUUUUUUUUGAUUCUUUUCUCUGCUUGAGGAUCCUCAAGGAAGCGUAGUGUAGAGUGCCUUUAAAAUGAACGGCAGCAGCAGACCAGCCCGGCUGCCCCUGGGCGACAUUCAUUCUGCUUUAGGCUUUGGAAGACCGUUUGGUGGAUGGAACCUCCCUUUGUCCUUGGAAAGCAAGUGGCUCCUUUCUAAGGGACCUUGAACCAAGAGCAGCAGGCACAGCUCUGGGGGUUUUCCUGGUCCCUCUGGACGGGACAGGCUGGAGAUAGAGGUCUUUUGCAUUUCAAAGCAAGUCAGCUUGCUUUUUUCAUUUUUACUUUGCAUCUAGGAGGCCAUUUAUCUUUUUUUUUCCCCCUUUCUCUUGCUCUCUUAGAAAAAGGCCGGAGACUUAGCUGAAUAGAGAAAUAUAGGGAAAAAAUGUGACCCCUGGCAAAAUCACAGUGUGUGCAGUGGGGCAUUUUAAUCUGAAUGGUUGCAAUAGUAGACUGUGACAGGGAAGAAGGUUUAAGUUUGCUCUUCCUCUGGAAGACCUCAUUUUCAUUUUCUGAAGUCCCGAUUACAUGGGACAGAAGGCCCGCUCUCACCGUUGACUGCUCAGAAAUGCUCAGGCUGUUUACCCUAGUAUGGCCAAACACUGGUGUUCUCGUAGGAUUUCAUGUUCCCUGCCCUGACAAGAGUGAAGGAGGUGGGGCGAGGUGGCUGCUUGGCGUGGUUAGCAUCUUGUGGCUGUUUUCUGGAAUUGAGAGGCCCUCCGCUGAGCUGGGGUGUCCCGUGCGGAGUUGGACGGAUGAGCAGCAUGACUCCACUCAAUCCCCCCAUUUUUGCACCAACCCAGCUGCAGGUUCCCGCAAUGUAGGAACAGCACGGUGAAGUGUUCUCGGUUGUUUCGGGGGAAACGGCGAAGAACAUGAACUUUGAAGGGAGACCUACCUGGAUUCACAUUCCAUCUUCGCCAGUGCCUAUGCGACGCAGGCAAAUUGCCUCCACUCUCCAGCACUGUCUUCUCAUCUGUUAAAGCAGGGGCAGCGAUUCCAGUUCCUCUGUCAGGGGCCUGAGGGGCGGGUAGAUGAGGUGAUGCGCACAGGGCACGUGGCAGGGGCUCUGACUCAUGGUGGCUCCUGUGGGGCUCAGUGGGUAGCGCCUCCAAGCACAUGGUUAGUCAUCCUGGCAAGGGAAUAGACUAACGGGCAAGACAAUACCAGGGGAUGCGGUUGAUAAUGACCAGUUUGACUGCCCUUGGUGCCCUUUCCUGGGAUUAGAUCCCUGUUUACACUGUGACUGGGACAGGGCAGCUGCCUCCAUGUCCUGUGAACCGGGAGUACUCAAGUUUGGUGUGACAUCCCUCUCCCUUGGCUCUCGUAGCUGGCCUUGCUUCCCAGAACAGUUCUAGCAAGUGUAUGUUCAAGUGCAUUGGAGGCAAAGGGAGAAUGUCUUAGGAGAAGGAGAAGCCUCCGCAUCUGCAUUGUAUCCACGUGGACUUCACGUGUAACGGGCCUUCAGCCGUCACUGGCCCUUGAAGCAAACACAGCUCUGUGCUUCUGUGGGUACCAUUAGUCUGUGCCUGACUGAGAACGGGACUCAGCUUCCCGGGACACUUAGUUGGAAGACUUACCUUCGUCCAUAACAGGUGUGUUAUUCUUGGUACCUUCCUCCAUGAGAAAGAGUGAUCUCCUCCGAAUAUUUGAGUGUAUUUCGUCAGAAUUAGAGUUGCUUAGAGUCUCCUGAUGGCACUGAGUAUUUACCAUCUCUUCCCUCAGCUGGUGAUGUGACAGAAUGGCUUCCUUGAAUGUAUCAUUCAUCUGAUCCCACGAGGGAUGCCUUUUUUUUUUCUCCAAAGACAAAAACAGCUCGUGCAAGUUUGAGCACCUGCAUAUUCAUGAAAGAAUGUAAAAUGCAAAUCGAAAACCCCUCCCUUGUACAUGUCACACCCUAGGAAGGCAGGUAGGUGGCUGUGCUGAAUGCAGGGUCCCUUCUGUGUCGGAGCCUAUCCACUCAGAACCUUUUCUGGUCAUCACCAUCAAUGGCUGUCCCGUGAACCCACUUGCUGUCACCAUUUUCACCAAAGAUGCCACAUUAUUUUUCCCUCUAAAGAGGUGCUAGUUCAGGAUCUUCCUCUCUCUGCUGCUUGCUGUGCUGUCCGCACUGAGGAGCCUGGUUUGUGGAGUGGUGGGGAGAUUGGGUGUAGGACAACCCAUUUCUCUUUGGAGAUGUUCUCCUCUGUCCUCCCUGCACUCACAGCCAAACUCACGUAGAGAACAAUCCACCUUCUUUUUGUUUCUUUUUGGCACACCCUCAACAGAUACUGAGUAUCUGCUGCUCCCUCUUUCUCUCCUGAACCCAGUGAAGUUGGGUUUUUACCUGCCUCUUCUGGCAUCAAUGACCCCUCAGAGGUUAGACCCAGUGGCCUUCCCAGUGAUUGUCAUCUGCUUGGGCUUGGACAAUACUGACCCACUUUUUCAAAACUCACCUUUCCCUACUUUCCCCUUGGCAUCACUCUCUGGUUAUCCUUCUGUGUUUUGGUCAUUUCUCAGCCAUUUUCAUACUUUUUUUCUUCCUCUGCCCAUUUAAAUCCUGGUGUGCUCAAAGGCCUGUCAUUGGUGACCUCCUUAGCACGUGUAGUUGCACUGGGCGAUCUCAUGGAGUCAGUAUUCCCAUCUGAGCUCCGUCCUAAAGAGCACAGUAUAUAUCCAACAGCCCCGGACAGAUGGACAUCUCAAACCCCAUGUGUCUCGUCUCAUUCCUCUGCAAUUAUAAAAUUCAGUCGUAAAGAAUGGUGCUACCACUCCAGGACCAAACCUCACAGCUUGUAUCACCUUUGGCUUGGACUGUUCCAGGAAUUUGGAAAGUGAGCAUGGGAAACACACACUUAGCCUACUUUAGUCGGGACAGCAGUUGAGACACUUUGGGAAGGCAAUGCUUAGAUGAAGGCCUGACUUGGGACUUGAAGAAUAAAGGUAAAGCAAGGUAGGAACAAAAGAAGAGCUGUCUGUGUUCACGAGCAGGGAUAUGAAGGAUUGUAAAGGUAUCCAGUCUCCCCAAAUUGAUCUGUAGGUUCAGUGCCAUUUCCAACAGAAAUUAUAGUAGAGGCUGUGUUCAGGGUGACAAGCAGAUACUUAAAUUUAUACAGCAAAGGAAAGGAUUAAGAAUAGCUGAGUGCUUCCAGAUACGAAGACAAGGUUAUGAGUCAGUAGUUUUGUUGUGUGUGGUGUAGAGGUGGGCAUUCCGAGCAGGGCUGUGAAAUGGGGAGCUGCAGGAUAACCAUGUGCGUUUUGACUUUUAUGACAUGGCAGAGGUGGCUUGGCACAUCCGGGAGGACAGGCAGGGUGACCACACAGGGUGCUGUGACGAUGCUUAUCUGAAGGAAAAAGAUGAGAUCUGGUUUCUGCCGCACAAGUUAUCCAGCCAUCAAUUCCAAAUAUAUUAAGGUCUUAAAUAAAAAAAUAUAUAUGCUUCAGUGUUUGCAUGAACAAGCCUUAGGGCAGGAAAGAAUCCCUUGAGACAUAAAGCACUAACCACAAAAGGAAAAGAUGGUUACAUCAACCUUUUUUUUUUUUUUUUUAAAGACUGAUGUUAAGGUAAUAAACAAUGGAAAGGAGCAAAAAGACAAGCCAUGACUUGAGAUGUUUGUAUUACACUUAAACUGACAAAGGAUUAGUAAGCAGAACAGAUAGAGGGUUCCUAUUUAAGAAAAAAAGAAACUGGGCAGAAUUAGACCAGAAAAGGCAUUUCCCAGAAGAGGAAAUACACGUGGCUUACAAAAACAUGUUGCACAGCAUCGGAGAUCAGAAAUACAAAUGAAGACAACAACGAGAUCUCAUUUUACACUCAUUGAGGUUUGAGGAAGUUCAGGAGCCUGACGGUAUGGGAUGCCGAAACAGCCUGCAGCCAGUGACCAGGCACCUGUGCUUCAGAAAACUACGCUCUCCCGCCAGAGUGGAACUCCUGCAGUGCCUUAGGAUCUCGCUUCCAACUCAGACUCCCUCUUGGGGAUCUAACAGAUUUGCACACCUGCACCCGGAGGUGUGGGUGAGAACGUUCAUGGUAACAUCUUCAUAAGAAUGAAGAACCGAAAAACCCAAAAUGUCCAUCUGUCUCUAGGGAGAUGGGAUACAUAAGCGAGGUAUAUUCACGCUGAGGGGUAUUAUUCAGAGGUGGGAAUGAAUGAACCGCAGCUGUAUGGGAUAAUAAGAGCGAAUCUCAGAAAAUAAGCAACCAAAGCAGAUUCCAAAAGACCACAUGCUAUGAUGCUAUUUUUAUGGAGCCCCCAAACAAGCAAAACCAAAGAAUAUACUGUCUAACCAUAUGUAAACAGUAAAACUGCGUUGUGUUAAAAAAAAAAAAAAAAAAAGUAAAAAACAAUAAACCAAAAUUUAGCAGCAGAAUUAACCCUGAGGGGGGAAGCGGAGUGGGUUGCAGAGGGAUACGUGGGUGGAUGCAAGUUAUUAGUAAUACUCAGUUCUUGGGUUGAGUGACAGGUUUAUGUAUGCCUUGUAACAGAGUUUUAUGUGUUAAAUGUAUUUAAUGCAUGUAUUAAGUGUAUUUUAAAUAAAGACAGAAUAAUUGAAAAUCUGA